ACGCCGAUCAUCCCGCAGUUACUCGUCUCAUCCCAACUUGCGCCCAAGCCCACACGCCGGAGGCCAGCCCAUCCCAUGGACGCGAGCCUCCGCACGCUGCCCCCGGCCGGCAGCAGCUUCCGUGGCGAGGUCCGCUCCGCCGUGUCCUCGCUGCUGCUCUCCUCCCGGGGCACCAGCGCCCUAGACUCCAGCUUCUUCUCGCACCUCCCGCCGCUCGGCUCCAGCGUCUACUACCGCCAGUGCGAGCUCCUCCGCAACUUCGCCGCCUCGCAGACGCAGCAGUCCGCCGCCGCCGCAUGCUCGCCUUCCUCCUCGUCCUCCGGCCUCCAGCUCCAGACACCCGUGCCGCACGACGACGCCACGGCGGCGGCGGCGGCUACGCUGCUGCGGCAGAAGCUGUACCGCGGCGUGCGGCAGCGGCAGUGGGGCAAGUGGGUGGCCGAGAUCCGGCUGCCGCAGAACCGGGUGCGCGUGUGGCUCGGCACCUACGACUCCCCCGAGACGGCCGCGCACGCCUACGACCGUGCCGCCCACAGGCUCCGCGGCGAGUACGCGCGCCUCAACUUCCCCGGCGUCAUGGACGGGCCUCCGGGCGCGGAUUGCCCCGACCACCUGCGCCGGCUCCGCGCCGCCGUCGACGCCAAGAUCCAGGCCAUCCGCGCGCGCAGGCAGCAGCGCAACAAGAGGGAGAGCGCCCGCUCCGGCGCCAACGCCAAGCUACCCACCGCGCGCCCAAUCGCCUCGGAGACGUCGACGACGCCGGACGGGGUGCUGUCCGUUAGCCCCGCCUCGGCCGACGGCGGCUGCCCGCUGGAUCGGAUGCCGUCGUUCGACUCGGAGCUCAUCUGGGAGAUGCUUAGCUUGUAGCCGGCUAAACCGCAUGGAACGAACCGAUCAGCGGGACGCCGCCAUGGACAGCAACCAAGACCAACACAACGUCAAGGUCCUUCUUCUGUUUCAAAUUAUGAGUCUCUUGUCUCUGCUCGUAACGUAAUAAAACGCCCAAGAAAACAGGGCUUGCUUGCUAGCCAUGAUUAGUCGAAUCGUCGUGUGUUUCCGCAUUGAUGGAGGAGCUCUGUAAAGACUGAUCGCUAAUUCCCCGUCUCUGCUUAAGCAUUCCUGCGUCCUCGACUGCUAUGAGUUAGCUCCUCUGUUUCUUGCUAGUAUUUCUCUUCCGUUUGUAUGC